CAGCCCUCAACUGUAUAUAAGCGUGAGCCGUCAGGGUGAAGAUGCACAAAGCUCAGACAGGCUCAUACAGCUCAACACACACCAUUUGUCAUGGCUGCUCCUCGUCUCACUCUGGUUGUUGUGGCGCUGAUGCUGGCGGCCAUCACUCUGUGCGAAGGUCUGCGUGGCGCCGGCCCAAAAAAGUGCUGCUUCCGUUUCAACGAGAAACAGGUCCCGGAGGAAAAGGUGGUCAGCUACGUCAAGACCAGCCAGCGAUGCUCCAAGCAAGCCGUCCUUCUGAACACUAAGGCAGGUCAUCAGCUGUGUGUCAGACCCUCGGCUGCGUGGGUCAAGGAGCUGAUGAGCUCCCUGGAUGCCAAGUACCUGGCAGGAGAGAGAUCCAGCGCGUAACCGUGGCAACUCAGCGUAGGAGCUAUGGACGAGCACAUUGUGGCCAAUUAUGUAUUUUGAUGCUACUACUUAUCCAAUUAUAAGUUUUAAACGUAUUCUAUUCUUAUUCUAUAUAGAACGGUCUGUUUGUGUCUUUGCUAUAAUGUGUAGUAGGACAAAGGUAAGCUGCUCCCAGCAGCUCACUGCCUGUCAAACUAUAUACAGAGUAUAUGCUUCAUAUUCUUGUUUAUAACAACAGCUAAAAUGAGAUUUGUUUACAUAAGUUAACAUUUAAGUACAACAUGGUUUUAAGUUGCCGUAUACAGUGGUACUUAUUGAACGUAGCUACAUUGUCUGUAACUGAAUCCACACGGUGUCAUGAGUAAACUAUAAGCUACAGGCUGCACAGGUUCUGCAUCGAGCUCUGCUGAGCUUACAGCCUCGUUUUUUUUUUCAUUCAAGUUCAUUUGUCCUAUUUUUGGUCACGUUUUGACCCCAAUUUGAAACAAAUCCUAAUUUAUUCCUCUGUGCUGUGCGUGUAAAAGUUGAUUCUUUUGGAUUAAAGCAAAGAUGAUGAAAAUUUUGA